AUGUCAACAUCCGUAACUGAGUCAAGUUGGAGUAUUAAGAUCGUCAAUGAAAAUGAUCUAGUUGAUUUAUUACCUUUAAUGCAAGCUUAUUGUAAAUUUUAUAAUGAAACUGAACAAAUUCCUAUAAUCAAUGACGAUGCUCUUAUGUCUUUAUCUCGUGCACUUAUAGCUAAUCCAACUCAUGAAGGUAUUCAACUUAUUGUUCGUGAUUGUAAAGAACAAGCACCUGUUGGUUUUGCAACUAUAUUCUGGAGUUGGUCUACAUUACAAGGUGGUCGUAUUGCAAUUAUGAAUGAUCUUUAUGUUUAUGAACAAUAUCGUGGUCAAGGUGUUGCUGAUAUUCUUAUAAAGGAAUGUGCACGAUACGCACGUGAACAUGGUGCUGUAUGUCUAACAUGGGAAACUUCAAUAGAUAAUAAACGUGCUCAAGCUGUAUAUAAUAAAAGUGGAGCAGUGAAAAGUCAUCGAUGGCUACAUUAUACGCUUGCUUUGUAA